AUGGCUAUGAAGAUCAGCCGCGGCAAGGCUGUUCUGACGGCGCGCGGCAAGUACGGCGCCUUCAGUGACAGGGGCCUCGAACGAGGGCGCGAUCCCGGAGCAGCGGCUCCUUUGACCGCACCGCAGCGUGACCAAUUCCGUCUGCAGCGCCCAGCAACUCGCUACAUCAGUGACAGGCAUCUAGCGCAGGGCCAGCUUCCGCCUCUCAUAAACGCGUGGACCGACACUGGAGGCACGACAGCACCUUCACCCGACCCGUCGCAAUCCGGCGGGCAUGUGGGUCAAGGAGGCGGGGCCAAGCCGCUGGCGCUCUCGCAGCAGCUGGCACCGAUGUCUGUGUCACAGCGGCUAUACGGCAGCAUGGAACGGCCGCGGACUGUCGGUAGCGCGGGGGCCCCGGGAUCUUACGGCCCUGUUGCCCUCUGUAUCCGCCAUGCAGCCAAUGCCAAGCUGCCGCAAGCAGCUUCCGGCGGUCCCAACCCCAACCCCAACCCCUGGGAGGCCCUCCAGGAGGCGGCGCCCGCCACACGCUACGGGGGGAACACGGCGCGUGAGUCGGGCGGACUGGCGCUGAUAAUGCCGACAGGGUCCAGUCGCGCGUCUAUGGUUUCAUUCGAAAAUCGGCUCCUCUCGUACCUGCAGCCCCUGUCGGGCCCUGCUGGCACUGCCGCACUCGUGAGCGGCGGCGUCUCGCCGAUGCGAGGGCCGUCUCGGCCCGCGACGUCGCCCCCACGACCGCCGACGUCCCCGCCUCGGCCGCCCACAUCGCCAUCUCGCCCCCCCACGAGCUCUCGAGGGGCGUCGUCACCUCCCCGGCCCGCAAGCUCGCCUAAGAGCCCGGGAUCGCCGCCUAGGGUGUCAGCAUGCGGAAUAGCAACCCAGUCGAUGACGUUGGACUCCGUGCCGUUGUCAAUGGCCGGCAGCGCUGGUCCAGUGUGGGGGGCAGUUGCGGCGGCAGUGGGGCCGCCGCCGGGGCCCCACGGGCCUAGCCUGCCGCCUCUGGUUCCUCGGUCCGCCCUGCACUCCGCUCUGGUGGUACCGGCACCCGGCGCUGAGCCGCCGUGGGGCGGUGCGGGCUUGCCGCACGGCAUGUACAGCGCGCUGGCGGACCUACGCGGCGGCAUCACCGCCGGCGUGGCGUCGACGCCGCGUGAGGCCUUCCAGAACGGCGGCAUGAACGCCGUGGCGGCGGCAGCGGUGGCGAGCGCCGCCGACGCGUCCUUGGACGACAUCGCAUCUCCGCCGUCCUUGGGACACAUGAUCACCUUCCGUCCCAGCAACCGACGUCAGGUACAACUGAUGGCGGAUUGGUUGGACCAUACCAUUGGGUUGCUUUGGGAGCAACACCUGGCCGCGGCGAAGGCCGCCGCUGACGGCAAAGGGCCGGUGCCGGCGGGUCCUGGCGCCGGCGGCACGGCAGCGCCGACGGCACUGUCCGGCUCCCCAUCCGCUAACGACGUGUCGAUGCGUUCGCAAGCCGCCACUGGGAGUGGUGCUAGCGGCGCCAGCGGCAGUGGGGGCCCACGUCGGGUCGCCUCCGCGGCCGCCUCGGCGACCCCUUCGGGCAGCAAGGCGGCGCUGGCGAUUCGGUUCGGCAGCGUCACCGCUGGUCUGAAGGACCUGAGCUCCAGUCUGUACCAUGUCGCCACGGACACGCAGCUUUGGUCGUCCAUGGUGGAGGCCACGGCCGCUGUAACCAACGCGGUAAUCCAAAACGUGGCUCACCGGUGCUGGGAGGAGGGGGCUCUGCUAGCCCGGCUGUGGAACCUCAACACAGCGCUCAUGGACAGCGGGCUGGCAGCGGCACGCAAGGCCCAGCAGCAGCUCAGCGCCACCGCAGCGGAACAGGCAGCCAAGAUACGCAGGCUGGACCCUCUGAUUGACUGGGAGUUGGAGAGCCGUACAGCGAGGGAGGAGUUGACCACGGCCUUGGAGGACCUGCUGCCCCUGAAUGUCCCUGCUUGCGUCUCCACCUGCGCCACCACCUGCGGCAAUCCGCCAGGGUAUCAGGCACGUGAGUCCAAAAGGUGGUUCGAGCUUCUUUGGUAUUUCGCGUUGGUGUCGGCCUCCCGCGCGGAGGCUCUCCUGGCAGGUCGCGAGCGGGAUGCGCUGCUGCGGGAGAACGAUAAGAUCAUCGCCCACUACCGCAAGGAGCUCAAGACCUACAGGCGCGAGCAACGACGUAACGCAUACCGACUGGCACGCAAGCUGCGCAACACACAGCAGCAGCUGGAGCUCAUGACGCGCGAUCGAGAUGUGUUGUACAACGCCGUGUCGUACACCAAGUCCCAGACUGCCCAGUUGGUUGACGUCAUCACGGGGCUUCAGGGCCACCUUCGCGCCGUCAUAUCGGGCGCUGGCGGUGGCGCUGGCGCUGGCGGUGGCGGCAACGGCAAGGUGUCGUUUGAGAUGAUGGGCGAGGAGGCGUUUCCGGAGCUGCAGCAGGUGGAGCAUGGCCUCAAGAAUAUACUGCACAGCUUGCAAAAGGUUCGUGACGUGACCCAGGACGCCGAGGACAGCCACUUCGUGACGGAGGAGCAGGUGACGGCGGUGGCGGCCGCGGACACCACGGGGGAUGAGCUGGUGGACGAGGUGCUGGCGGAGGGAGAUCCGGAGCCCUCGCCGGAGGAACUGGAGGCGGAGGCGGCAGCGGCAGCGGCACUGGAGCGACAACACCAACACCAACAAGGCUCCGACAGUGACUACGACAGCGACGAGCCAGACCCCAACAGCGCCCUGUCAAUGCUGGCGGAGGCGGCUCUGAGGGGCACGGGCGAGAGCUCUGAAGAUGGCGAGGAUGACGAUGGUGACGACUAUGGGGCGGAGGAAGAAGCUGAAGAAGGGGGGCCCGGCCAGGGGGCCGGCGGCUCAGGAGACGGAGGUCUGGGCGGGGAGGAGGAGGCGGGGCAGGACGGCGGGGCGGAGGGCCGGGGGCUGUUCUCGGAGAUCUCUCCGGCCGCCGGCGCGGAUGACGACGCGUUCUUGGAGGACGAGGAGGGCGGCCGGGCGGGGCCAAUCCUGACGCAGGACGGCGAGCUGCAGCCCGGGCGCUCAUUGCAAACCCGGAGCAGCACCGCCUCCCCAACCUUGCCCGGGAUGGCUGGAGACGAGGACUCGGCCGCCGGCAGCCGCACGCCCCUUUCCCGCUCCGUCUCCCGCACCGCAUCCCGCUCCGCCUCUCCAGAUGUGGUCGCCGUACCGCGAUCCGCGUCCGGCACACCGACGGGCCCUCCUGACGCUGCUGGGGGCGGAGGCGGAGGCGGAGGCGGAGGCGGUAAUGCCAACCGCCAGGACAACAAGAACAAGAAGAAGGGCAAAAACAAGAACAAGAACCGAGGCAACGCCGGAGGCGGGGGUGGGCGGGGUACCUCGGGCCGCGGCCUCGGGCCCCCGGGCGCGACCAGUUUUGGCCCUGGCGGCGGCGGCGGCGGCGGCUCCAUCAACGGCGGUGAUCCAGGGGCUGUUGGCGGCGAGGGGCAGGACGGGUACGGCAGUGUCGCCGGCAGCGGUACCCGCUCGACACCUGCAGGCAGUCUCACCCAGAUUGCACCACAGGAUCCCCACCUAGCCCAUGGCGGCGGCGGCAGCCAGGGACAUGGCCACAGCGGCCGCGGCAGCGGCGCCAUCGACGGCCACGGCGGGCCGCUGGGUACGGCAAGUACGAUCCCCGGUUCUAUCUCCCGCAGCGCGUCACCCACGACACCGCUGCCACGCGGGCGGGUAUUCAAUUUGGCGACCAACGGCUGUCAGACGGGGCCGGAGCUGCUCAAGGGUGUGGCAGAUCCGGAUAUUGCUGAGGCUGCGAAGCAGAUGAAGGCGCUCAGAGAGGCUCUUGGCGAGAUCGGCAUUGUGGGGAAUCCCAAUGAUGAUGCGGACGGUACGGAUGGUCUGCUUACUGCUCUGCGGCAGUACAUGUCCUCGCUGUCGUCGGAAGCGGGUACACUCACAAAGCAGCUGGAGAAGCUCAAGGUGGUCGCUGAGUCCGCUGAGGCCUCCAGAGCUGACCUGGCCCAGACGGCGGAGGCGCGGGGCAGGGAGGUGGCGGCGGUGAGGCGGGAGCUGCUGGAUGCCAAGAAGAGGUACUCACAGCUGUGCAACACACUGGAGGCGCUCGGCAUCGACCCACGUAACCCGACCUUGCCCAGCCAUACGGAUGGUGAGAGUGUGGGCAGCCCGGUGGACGGCGGCCGGGUAGCCGGCUCCAGAGGCAGCAUCAAGGCCGGCCGUGACAGCACAGGGGAGGGCAAGAGCAGCAAGGGAACGAAAGUCAGCCGGCUGGCGGCGGUGAAGGAGAAGGCGCGAGAACGCGCCAUGGCGGCGACGGUGCCGCAGGCGCCAGUGUUGGGUCGUACGAGCACCACCGCCCCGCGCGGAGGCGGCAACACCGGCUACGCAGCGUCAGGUAACCGCGUGAUGCUGCCGGCGGCGAUGCUGGCGGCGGCGCAGCAGCGCGCAGCGGAGGCGGCGGCCGCUGGGGAGGAGGGCACCGCUGGCAGCAUCGCCGCUGGCGGCGGCAACGUCGCCGCGACGAUCUCCGCCUGGCGCGCCGGUGGCGGCGGCGCCGCCGCCGCCGGCGGUGGCGGCAGUGGGCAGACGCCAGUGUACAUCCGGCCAGAUCGCGCCGCCGCCACUGCACGGCUUCAGGACGCGCUGACCCGUUACGCUGACGCCAAGCCACGUACCUUGGAGUGGCUCCUGAAAUUGAUCGACUCGAUGUACAGGGGCAAAGCCACCAACGACGAGCAGCGCUCCAAGAUUGGUCAAGAGCCGCUAACCAUGAUCGAGUACAUGUUCCAACACCUGUCGGGCCAGUACGGCACCAAGGACCUUGUGAACCAGUACGCUGCCCAGCUAGUGGCGACCUGUUUGCAGUACUGCGCCAACGACCCACGGGUCGGAACCUUCCAGCGCUUCCUCAUGGAGGAGUGGGACACACGUGUUCUGUGCGCCUACAUGGAUGCCACCCGGCGGCUCCAGGAGCCCAGUCGGGUACCUUGCUGCGACUUCCCCGCUGACUACUUGCCGUCGGGAGCCCGGAAGAACGACUCGGCACCGGUGGAUGUGAGGAAGGCGCUUUGGGUGGCGGAGAGGGUCCUGAUGCGCCGAUCCCCCAAGGCCGCCUACGUGUUCGCCCAGCUGCUCAGCUCCAAGGCGGAGUCCAUCACGGCCGCCGAGAUGGACUCGUACUUCGUAUCGCCAGGAAGCUACGGGGCAGAGCUGCAGCAGGUUCGUCAGUUCGAGCUGGGCCGGGGGGAGUUCAAGCGGAUCAGUUCCGCUGUGUUUCUAGAUGCGCUAUGCGGGGAGUACGCCCGCAUGGAAAGCAUAUUCAGAGAGAUGCUGCCCGAGCUGUUCUCCCAGUACGAUUCCGACGGUGACGGCUGGAUCACCAAACAUGACGUCAGCGAGCUUUUCAGCGACAUUGUGGGAGAUAUGGCCCAUGCGGGAAUGCAGCUGCCGGUGGACUCGGCGGCAGCCGCAGCAGGAGGUGUCGGUGGCGCUGGCGGCGCCGGCGGCGGCGGCGGAGGCGGAGGCCUCAACGCCGCUACCCUGACCGAGUCCGAGCGCGAGGCCGCUCUGGAGGCGUUGUGGACGGUGCUGUCAACAGCGGAGGUCGACGCGCGAAAUCGGGCAGAUAGCAGUCUGGUCUAUCCGGACGGUGCCGUACGGCCGCCCGGUGGCGGCAUGGUGUCGGCAUCAGCGGUGACUCACCUGUCAGACAGCGGUUUCUUCGAGGGCGCUUUCCGGUCGGACUUUGUGAGAGCAUGGGCGCGGGCGUUCAAGACGGGUGCGGCCCAGCUCCCCGGAGGACUGGGUGCACUGGCGGAGAUGGAUCUCCAUGCCGCUCGUGACGCCGCCCGGCGCCUGCUGUCCGUGUUGGUGACCCGGCACUGGACCCACCACGGGGAGACGCUGGAGGGCUACUUCGCGGACGCGGGGGCCCUGGCGGAGCAGCAGCUCAAGCAGCAGGCGGCCCUCCUAGAGGGCGACAUGGGGGGCUCCCACGGGGACGGUCGCGACGGACCGCGUCGCGCCGCAGCGCUGUGCACAGUGUUGCGGUUGCUGCUGGUGAAGAAGGCGGACCGGUUCUCAUCGCUGCUGACGGCGGAAAACCUGACAGGCGGCCCACACAACGGGCCCCCGUCGGAGCUGGAGGAGCUGCUGGAGCGGCUUACGGCUGCCGUACGGCUGCUGUACGGUCCUCACGAUAGCAUCUGGGUAGUGGGCGCGGAGAUGGACGAGCUGGAAUCACUGAGCGGUCUGGACGCCGCCGAUGUGGGAGCGCUUCCCGCCGGUUACAAGCGCUGGCUGGCGCGUGUGGCGGUUCGCUGCUGCGCUCUCCACGACCGCCUGCACCUUUCCCUACCGCAAUGCCCGCUCAUACCCCACCUGCAAACGCACCGCGGCGUGCCCUUCUACGCGCGCAUGUGGCGCCGAGCCACAGCCGCUGCCGUUGCAGCCCGCCGCCGCGCCACUAUCUCACGCACACCGCCGUUUGCCGCCAUGCGUACGACUAACGCUACGGGCUCUGGCGGCGGCACCGGCACCGGCACCGGCGCCUCCGUCUCUUCCACCGACAAGCCCCCCGCUACACCCACCUCCCCAGCUGUGAAAACGGCAGGCGGCGCCAACAGCGCCAUCACAAAGCGACCAGCAUCAGGAAUGCACCUUGCCUUGCGGCAGCAGCAGCAGCAGCAACAGCAACCACCGCGGGCCUUAUCGCCGCAGCUGUCGCUGCCCUCGCGGCCGUCUAAUAGCGGCAGAAGCACACCGCCGCCGCUGGGCCCCCUGUCGGCCUCAGUGCCGGUGCCGCUCGUGGUUCCGGAGCCCCCGGAACUAACCGGCGGCCCCGACGUCGUGACGUCAUAG